CUCUCUCUCUCUGAUCGAAAUCUAAAUUAAGAAAAAUCGAAGUAAUUUUGUUGAUAUGGAGAGUACAGAUUCGUCGACGGGUUCUCAAUUAGUUCAGCUUCCGCCGGGGUUCCGCUUCCACCCCACCGACGAAGAGUUGGUGAUUCACUACCUCAAGAAAAGAGCUGCCUCUACACCUCUUCCGGUGGCGAUCAUCGCAGAAAUAGACCUCUACAAGUUCGAUCCAUGGGAGCUUCCAGCUAAGGCGACGUUUGGGGAGCAAGAAUGGUACUUCUUUAGCCCGAGGGAUCGGAAGUACCCGAACGGAGCUAGACCUAACCGGGCGGCGAAUUCUGGGUACUGGAAAGCUACCGGAACUGAUAAGCCGGUGAUGACGUCCGGUGGGACGCAGAAAGUUGGUGUGAAGAAGGCACUGGUUUUUUAUGGAGGGAAGCCACCGAAAGGGGUUAAGACAAAUUGGAUCAUGCAUGAAUAUCGAUUAACUGAUGGUAAAACAAUCUCGAAACCCCAUGGAUGUGAUCCCACCAAACAAAAAGGUUCCUUAAGGUUAGAUGAUUGGGUUCUGUGUCGAAUCUACAAGAAGAACAAUCUACAGAGACCGAUGGAUAGCGAUGGUGGUGAUCAUCUUCACACCAUGAACGGGAUGUUGUCGUCUAUACCUCCGUCAAUCUCGCUUGCCGGCGGCCACCAAGGAACAAUCGUGAAGCCGACUGCAGGUGUGGGGUAUAAUGCAAUGAUGGAGAAUCAUGAACAUAACCUCAUGUUUGAUGCUAGAUUAAACUCAAAUGAUACCGACACCAACACCUCCAAUCUCCUUCCGAUGAAGAGAUCCAUGCCGGGUCUUUUCUGGAACGAAGACGCCGGCGCCGGCGCCGGCAACACAGGUAAUUCAUCAUCCAUGUACACGAAAAGGUUUCUCACUGAAAGUAAUAGUGAUGUUAGUGUCAUGGCUACACGAAACAACGAGGAAAACAGUGGUUCCAUUGCAAGUUUAUUAAGCCAGCUACCACAAACACAACAAAUGCAACAGCAAGCAAUGUUAGGGUCUCUUGAAGACGGCGUUUUCCGGCAACCAUAUCAGUUACCGGGCAUAAAUUGGUACUCUUAGAUGAGUAAUUGUCGACAGUGGGUACGAUUCCAAAAAGGAAAAAAACGAUAAAAGUGAGAGACGCCCCCAUCUUCUUUUCCCUGAGCCACUACAUAAACCCUAAAAGGUAAGAACGAUUUUUAAACUUUUCUACAGCUGGUUAUAUAUAAACAUGCAUAUUUCUGUAAUAUAUACAACAUGCACAAUUUGUGUAAUAUGUCAAUAGAAAUUUAGUGUAUGUAUCGUGUCACACAAUAGGUUAAAAAUCAUGAUAAUGGACAU